UCCCUUUCCGAAUCCAAAUUCAGUUGGCGCGCCCUUGAGAGACGCUAGGCGUGAACACGCGUUUUCUCAUGCCAGUUUUCUGUGUUUGUAACGUAGUUUUGUAACGCAAAGAAGCCAAGAAGCUACGUCACUUCUGGUUCGCCUUCUCCUUGUCGUCUGCAAGGCUGAGAACAGUUGUGUGAUCGGCUGUAGUGAAGCAGAGAAAGCAGGUCGGCGUUGAACGCGACGCGGCCGAACGUAUGCAUUGACAUCUGUGUGUUUAUCACGUAAGGGAUGCCAACCUAGGGGUUUGUGCCUGUGUGCCCCAAAGUCACGAACGGAUAAAGAAGUCCAUUGAACUCGGAAGCGGUGCUUGGAGAAAACGCGCAACAGGUCACUGUGACUUGGGGUCCAUUAUCGACGUCGAAGGAACAAGUGAGCGCGCGCUCACAAAGGACUGGCCGGAGAGACCUGCAGCAGAUUCAGUGAGUACAAAAAAAGCCGAUGGCUAGACGGCGGGCCGGCCCGCGGAGCGGCGGCCCGCCUCACCGCCCGCCUAAGGAGAUAAGCUAGCGAUCACAGCGCCUUCGCCUACUCUUAAACCUCACACUGUCAUGGCGUCCAGUGUCUACCACUGUCUUCUGCUCUUUCUGGUUGCCUUGCUGAGUGUGCCCACGAGCAGGGCCAACGUGUCUUCGGAACCGGCACCGCAAAAUGCAGCACAACGAAGCGGGGUUUACCGGGACUGCGGUGGAAUCCUAAAGGAAUCACGAGGGGUGAUCACCACCCCCGGCUUUCCGGGACCGUACCCCGUGCCUAUCCACUGCCGGUGGGCCAUCGAGGCACCCCCCAGGCAAAAGGUUGUUCUAUACUUGACCCAGUUCUACAUGAAAGAAGGAGUGUCGCUGUCGGAGUACAUAUAUUAUUCGGACGACCAUCUCAACAUUGGAUACACCGAGAUCGGUACCGUCAGUUCCGACACUGAGCCAACGUACGUGAUGAGCAUCAAGCCGGUUCUGGUCAUCGACUUCCAGGUGAGAGAGAUGGGCAACAUUCACAUGAGAGUGCUGGACCUGUUCCUGAACGUGUACGGCUUCAACAUCACGUACGAGAUGGUUGACGCAAAUGCAACGCACCGCAUGGACCCGUGUCUGGGCCACCAUUGCUCCUUCAACGGACUGUGCCUCGCCGCCGCCGACCUGCAGAGUUACCGUUGCUUCUGCCUCGAGGAUUACUACGGUGACGAGUGCCAAUACUCUCCGCGGUGUGGGCCCACCAUGCCCGUCUCGCGUUGCAGGAACGGCGGAACUUGCAGGUACUACAUCGGCACCAUGACACAGACAUGCGCGUGUCCUCCAGAGUUCAGGGGUGCACAUUGUGAGGAGCCCAUCAGUGUGGAUCAUCUGUCGGCAUUGCAGGGGAGAAGCAGCAGUCCUCCGAGCGAUUGGAACAGCGUGGCAACAAGUGAAUGUGGCCAGCUGAACUGUUCUCAGAAGUGUUCCUUGGGACCCAACAACCACUACCGGUGCGAAUGCAACCCUUCUUUUCGGAUGGCCGACGAUGGUCGUACGUGUCAACCUGGAAGCCGAACACGAUUUUUGGUGGACUUAAAACUCUACGACAGGAAUGUGGACUUGGACCAUAUGGACGCGAAAGGUCGGACUGCUCUACAACUUGGGCUCGAAAAUAAGUUGAGGAAUUUAUUUGCUAGCCGUAUGGAGAGCAUGGAGACGUUGGCUGUCCUGGACUUUUUGCCAGGUGCGGUUGUGCAGUUUCAUUUCUUCGCACACAAAGAUGAAAGUGAGAUCGCCAAGUCUAUCAUUGAAGAAGCACUCAAGACCGGAAAGAUCGGGGACUACACCGUUGACCGUAACUUCAUUCGCUUUGAAUGGGAACCAGCAAUGAACAUUGAGAGCAUUGAGUCUGGCCAACCUCACACGCGACUCGGCGAUGAGCUGGUUGUAGCCUGCAUAACUUUGGGCUCAAGUGCCCUCAAGGUGCUGUGGUUCAAGGACGGGUUUCCUGUCGAUCCUACGACACCGUUUCGAUCCCUGUGGACCACGCUGGUGCCCAAGAACUCCAGGGAUCAGUACACGGCACUCUUGGGUAUCGAUCGGACCACCGUCUACGAUUCAGGCGUCUUCACCUGCCAGGUGAGCGACUGGGGUGCCGUUCAGAACAAGAGUAUGAUCGUGCGAAUCGAUUCAGCGCCACGUCCAGUCGUGACGCCGGCCGCGCUGACUCUUACGGAAGGCCAAGAGCUCGUUCUCUCCUGCCGAUCCCUGAACGACCUCAAUCGCUCUCUCGGCUAUAGCUGGCUCAAGAACGACCGUGUUCUUCGCGGGCCUUUCUGGGACAAUGAGCGCGUCGAAGACCUCUACCCUUCGGGGUCACGUCUCCUGUUGGCAACUGUCAGGUCGUCUGCAACCUAUGCCUGCGUCGUCACAGGACCUGCAGGGUCGGCACGGCGGGAGGCACGGGUCACGGUGCUGGCAAAAGAUCGUAAGAUUCCCAUUUGCCCUCAAGACGAAUCGCUCGGUGUUCACUGGCAACCAACGGCAGCAAACUCUUAUGACCUGCAGCUGUGUCCCAAGCCUUACGUUGAUGGCGAUGUGAAGCGUCACUGUGUCUUGAGCACAGACCGUAGAGCUGUUUGGGCCACACCUGACUUUUCUGGUUGUACCGAUGGUGAGCUGUCCAGGAUCAAAACAUUGUUUGAUAGUCUCCGAAUGGGCUACCUGAUGACCACCGUACCUUUGGUAUUGGGCGACCUUCAGAGAUAUCUAUUAAGUAGGAAAUUUCAACCGGGUGAAGGCGAACCUAUAGUAUAUCUUUUACAAAGGAUACUAGAGUACCAGAAAAAUCCUGGUUUGCAGCUUGAUCCAAGAGAUAUCAGCAAGGCUUCUAAGACUUUCUGGGACAUUGCAUCACAUCUUCUAGUUCACAAGGACCUUUUGCAGAAACAGGCGUUCCUCACCAUGCUUCAAAAACAUGUGCUAGAGUACAGCCUUUUGCAUGCGAGUGUCACAAAACCAGGAACGUUCGAGGCAGUUGACAGGCCAGGAUUGGUCAUAGAAGUUGGCAAUCUGAAGAAGGAUCCGGAGCAGAAUGGAUCUACAGUCCGAUUCCCAGUUGCAUUGACUGCGAGGUACGUCGUGAGCCGUGAAAGUGUUCGCCCCGCUGAAGCCUGGGGUGGGAAUUCUGUUGAAGUCACGCUGGACAGCAAUGCUGGUACUCUUGUCAAUGGUACGGUCAACGUGGUUGCUGUUCUCUACAAGACUUUACCUGACCUGUUGCCAGAACGGUUUCUGACUCGGAAUCAUGACACAGAUUACGUGAACCAAUUGUAUUCAAGUCUGGUAGGUGUUGCAGCAUGCAUCGGUCACUCCGCAUUCAACGGAAGCGUUCGCACUAAAGUAAAAUUGGUUCAUUCCCGUCCGGAAGAAGAGGUGAAGACGGACCUGAACAUCACCUGCGGUCUUGCCGACACCUUGCAAAGCAAAAUCCAGUUUGUGACAGAGGGCUGCGUCACGAGUAACGGAUUGAACUCGACAACCUGCGACUGUACACGCCUUGGGACGUACGCACUUUUACUCCCCAGUCGAGCACACCAGGCCGAGCUGGUGAUGGAACAGCAGACUGAUACGAUUGCUGGCAUUGGCUGCGGUGUCUGUCUCUGCUUCCUGUUGCUUACCCUUAUAUCCUUGUUGCUGUGUUGGCGCCCCAUAUGUUUUAGACAAGGAAACGCUCCCACCGAUGCAAUCAAGAUGCAAGUGUGUAUAGCCUUAAUUGGCGCUCACGCAGCCAUGUUGAAAGGGGUACAUGGCUCACUCUCACAGUAUUACUACCCCCAUCUAGUCUCCGUCAUCCAGUUCUUCCUACUGGCUGCAUCAUGUAUGCAACUGUGCUUGGGUCUUGCUGUGUACAUAGAGUUUGUUGACACAAAGAAUAUUCGAUAUCCCACAACAAAAAUUGCUGCCAUGGGAUGGGCUGUGCCAGUGAUUGUUGUUGGGGCAAAUUUAGCUGCUCAAGUACUUGAAGGAUUUCAGUUAGAUAGUUGGUGGUUAACAUUACGAACACCAUCAGGGGGCAUUUCAAACUACUUCUGUGCCUAUGUCUCAUCAGUCAUUAUCAUCACUUUGUUGCAUUUCCUGCUGUUCCUUACGGUGAAAGCAGAGCUCCGGAGGUACAGUUGUGCGGAGACGUCCAAAGCGAAAGACGCAGAAAAUCGAGCUGGGCUGCUCAAUCGGUCCAUGGUCAUCAUGUUAGCACUCAUCGGUGUAUCAUUCUCAAGCAUACUGUAUGUCAACAUAGAAGAUGUCAUGAAGUCAUAUUUCUUUGCUGGCACAUGUGUUUUCUUGGGGUUCCUUGUUUUCUUCUUAUACACAAUCAACAGUGAGAAUCGAUCUCUUUUCUGUAGUGCACAUGGAACAAGGAAGGAUGGAAAGUUAACCAUUGACCGAAAUUGUCAAGGGAACUCUUGUAAUAAAUCAUAUGUGAAGACCGCAAUUGUGAUGGACAGUGCUGUGAGUGCCGCAUGCAAAUCUCCUGUGACGGCAAAAUCGAGGACUGAUGGUGGGGUACGGCGCAUGCCCAAUCCCGUGCCCAUCCCAUACCACGAAGAGAUGGAUCGCCUGCUCAAGAAGAAGCCCAGCAGUUCUCCUGGUGCUGGAGCCACCACAUCUACAGUAUGUUCUGAAGAGGGUGAGGCUCAUGCAGACGAGACGACGUCGCUCAAAUCGUGGAGGACACGCCACCAAGCAGGGUUUGAGCUGCAGCAACUGGAAGGAAGUCCCCGCAGUUCUCAUCCUCUCAUGCAGGAGGAAGACGAGGAACCUCCCCAGUUGGACUCGGCCAACACACAAGAAGUAACGCCAGAAGUUGCGUUCAGCGUCACGGCAGUCUGACUACCCACACCCCCUCAUGAGAUGCAUCUGAUUCAUGUUCGGUUCUUUCAGUGUCACCCGGUAAUUUUAUGUCAACAUCUUUAGUUUUUACCUUCCUCUGCCGGUUCUCUCAUCGAAAGGAGAAGUAGUUUGUUUGCAUCGUUCUGCUAUUGUCCGAGGAGACUGGUGUGUUUUUAGUGACUGUGUACACAUGAACCGAGGAAGUGGGUGCAAGUGUGAAGGAACAGAAUGUGAUAUUAUAUUACUGCAGGUUUCGAAGGUAAUUGAGUUUCAGUAUAUUUAUUGAGAGUUGUUACAAUGUGCGACAACUUAAUGUGGGUUGAAAGUUGUUCUUUUCCACUCACUUCUUCAUAUUUUGGAGCAUGUGAACAAUGGACCCUACAGUUACUUCCAAGAAGUUUACUUAUAGCCCUGUUACACAAACACUCUCAACUACGUUUGAAGUCAAUGGCAGUUGAGCUUUUCAAAGGCCUUUAAACUGAACGACCUUUCUGUGUGCAUACACAGCCCCUUCUGUGUUGUUGGCUCCAGCUUCUAUACUAGGUUCAUCCUACCAUGUGAUAGUGAUAGAUAUGAUAAAAUUCAGCUUCUUCUAUCAUAAGUGGUGCUGAUAAGUGGUGCAGUUUUUUGCUCUUUGUGACCAAAAGCAUAGAACUAGGCCACAUAAAAGCCAGAACAGUCCCAAUAAAGACUUCGAUCCACACGAUGCGCUUUUUUAAUGCAUGCUUCACCGGCGUGGUUGCCGUCAUCUUGCCAGUCGAUUGGGUCAGCUGAGAUUGCCUCUCUGCCUUCUCAGUUGAACUCAACUGCCGUCGAAAUGUCUAUUACAUUUCACAUGGCCGUGUAUCUCUACCCAAAUGAUGUUGGGGUCAAAUGUCAUUGGCUCAACGGCAGUUGAAAGCGCCGGUGUAACAGGGUACUACAGAGUUACAUACAGUACAUUUACUUAUAACAUUUGUUGUGACAGAAAGAGAGAAAUAACUAUAUAUUGCUCACAGCAAGAGCGUACAUUACAUAAUAUAUUUCCUGUCUAGUGCUUGUUUUCCUGUGAUAUUGCCAAAGACGCACACAUGCUGCAUUCGCACAUUGUGGCAGAGUACUUGGAGUUUGCAGAACAGUGCAAAUUGGGUUAACAGGCAUUUUUGUCUUUGCGACUUCUUUUGCAUAUUUUAGAAGAUGUGACAAGAGACUGUCGUUCAAUGUAGAAGUUAUCAUCAUCAUCAUCACCACAGUAGCAAAAUUCGAGACAUUAAACUGGACAUGUUUUUGCGAUGGAAAAGACCGAUACCCUUGGUCCUCAGGGAGUACCAUGUUAAUGUCAUGUCUGAGCUCUGCCACUUUCAUCUGUGAUUUCACAAUUUUUUUCCCUCCAUAAUCCAUGAUGAUGUCAAGUCUAUUCUCUUGUAAAACAUGCUGGAGAUCUUGUCCAGUUUUCAUUAGCUUCCCGUACGUCAGUCACAUUUCAUUUGUCAUGUGUCCCGACUUUCGUUUACCAUUCAUGUGGUGCUCGUGUUUGUAAUCACUCAUAUGUUGGAAGUGCCCAGUUCAUAUGCCAAAACAAGAUGUACGAGUAUGACAGUAAUUUGUAAUAUAUGUGAAGUAUACUAGCGGUACAAAGUGUGGUUUCCAGCAAAGAGACCAAUUUGAAGGAGAGAUACAACAGGUAGAGAGGUGCCAAGACAUUAUUUUUUAGUGCAACACAUCUUCCUGUGGAACAAAAAUGUGGCAACUUGCAUUAGUCUGUGAGAAAACAUUAUUUAUGCCAUAUUUGACCACACACCUGAUGAUGCAUGUGUACAAGGUAUGUACUAAAACUUUAGUUGUAUUUAUAUAGCAUCUGUCUGUGCAAUAGCUUCAUACAAAUCAUCUGUAUUGCAUCGUUCCAGAAAUAAUUACAUACGCCCAUUGCUUUCUCAAAGCUUCAUCUAGGUGUGCUUGUUCUGGAAAAGUAAUUGAGAGCAACAUUAUGUGAUCAAGAGAAGCGGUCACUCGUAACAGAAGCAGCGGAGGCAACCAAAGAGUUUUUUUGUUUUUUUUCCAACAUGCUACGCGACAUAUCAAAUUGUGAAAGCCGAAAAAUUCUGCUGCUCUACAGCACGAGGUACAGUUACUUCACUGAUUCAGGUGACUAGGCAAAAAAGCAUGUCGUCGUCGUCGUAGCAAAUGAGGUUUGGAAUGAUUUCCGCCUGUUGCUCACAUUGCGUUCAGCAACUGUAUGUUCUUAUUCUCUUGCAAUAUCUAUGUCAUGUGUGUUUGCAUAAAAAUGUCAUUAAAUUUGAGGCUACA